UUCUACGUGCUGCCACUUCUGCCCAUAGUCAGUUGUAAGAGAGGAGCAUGGAGACAGUGGUAAGAACUGCGUCCAGGCUCUUGGUCUGGGUGGCCUGUGUGCUUGUGGCCCUCUCUGCUGCAGUCACUGGGCGAGAGGCCACUCAACCUGAAGUCGACACCACCCUGGGCCGCGUGCGAGGCCGGCAGGUGGGCGUGAAGGGCACUGACCGCCUUGUGAAUGUCUUCCUGGGCAUCCCGUUUGCCCAGCCACCCCUGGGGCCUGGCCGGUUCUCAGCCCCACGCCCAGCACAGUCCUGGGAGGGUGUGCGGGAUGCCAGCACAGCCCCUGCAAUGUGCCCGCAGGAUCUGGAGAGGAUGAACAACGCCAGAUUUGUGCUGGAUGGAAAGCACCAGAUCUUCCCAGUUUCAGAGGACUGCCUGGUCCUCAACAUCUACAGCCCAGCUGAGGCCACGACGGGGGCCAGGAGGCCGGUCAUGGUGUGGUUCCAUGGAGGCUCUUUGGUGGUUGGUGCCGCCACCUCCCACGACGGAUCUGCCCUGGCCGCCUAUGGGGAUGUGGUAGUGGUGACAGUCCAGUACCGCCUGGGGCUCCUUGGCUUCUUCAGCACUGGGGACAAGCACGCGCCUGGCAACUGGGGCUUCCUUGAUGCAGUGGCUGCUCUCCGCUGGGUGCAAGAGAACAUCAGCCCCUUUGGGGGUGACUUCAACUCUGUCACCGUCUUUGGUAGCUCUGCUGGUGCAAGCAUCGUCUCUGCUCUGGUCCUGUCCCCGCUGGCUGCAGGGCUGUUCCAUAGAGCUAUAGCAGAGAGUGGAGUCAUCACCCUUCCGGGGUUGCUGGAUUCUAACCCCUGGCCCCUGGCUCAGAGCUUCGCGGACUCCCUGGCCUGCCCCUCCACCUCCUCGGCUGAGAUGUUGCAGUGCCUUCGGCAGAAGGCAGUUGAGGAGAUACUCCUUGACAAGAAGUUGAAAACUAUAGCUUCCUACACCGUCGAUGGGACCUUCUUUCCCAAGACCCCCAAGGAGCUCCUGAGGGAGAAGCAGUUCCACUCUGUGCCCUUCCUCCUGGGUGUCAACAAUCACGAGUUCGGCUGGCUCAUCCCCAGGGGCUGGGGUAUGGAUCAGAUGGAUCAGAUAAAUCUGGAGGACAUGCUGGCCCCCCUGAAGCCCUUCGUGGGCGGACCGGAUGCGCCUGCUGAGGUGAUUCCCACCAUCAUAGAUGAAUACCUGGGCAGGCACUCAGAUGGACAAGCCAAACGAGAAGCCUUCCAGGAAUUGAUGGGUGAUGUCAUCAUGCACUUUCCUGUGUUGGAGUUUUCUAGAAACCUCCAUGCUGCUGGGGCCUCCGUCUUUUUCUACGAGUUCCAGCAUCGACCUAGUUCCUUUGCGAAGAUCAAGCCGGCCUGGGUGCAGGCUGACCAUGGGGCUGAGAUGCCCUUCGUGUUUGGGGGUCCUUUCCUCACGGACGAGAGCUCCAUGCUGGCCUUUCCAGAUGCCACAGAGGAGGAGAAGAAGCUAAGCCUCACCAUGAUGGCCCAGUGGACCCACUUUGCCCGGACAGGGGACCCCAAUGGCAAGGGGCUACCUUUUUGGCCACCGUUCAACCAUUCGGAGCAAUAUCUGGAAAUCAGCCCGGUGCCACAGGUCAGCCAGAAGCUGAGGAAGGCCCGAAUGCAGUUCUGGGCAGAGACACUUCCCACCAAGAUCCGACAGUGGCAGCAGAAGCAGAAGGGCAGGAAGGCCCAGGAGGAGCUCUGAGGCAGGGCCUGGACCUUCUGGGCUGGAGGCCAACCCUAGGGGUGGUCAGGUCCCAGCAGGGCAGCCUCCUGGCCCCCUGCUAAGAGACUGUAACCCAAACCAGGCUGAUGGAUGGUCACGUCCCUUAAAGCAGCAGCCCUUCCGGGACUCCUGCUUCUGUCUAGGGGGCCUUUGCACAGACUUCUCCCUCUUUCCCCCUCCUUCAUGGCAGUUGCAGCUCAUACCUCAAGCUCUCCAGGGGACCCUCCUCCUCCAGGAGGUCUUCCCUGCCUUCUCUGGGCCUGGCCCAUCUGUGUCCAUUACAGCAUAGCCCACUCUA